GAUGAAAAUAGUGGGCGGAGCCAAAGAGAAUGCGGUCUACACGGAUUUUUCGGCAUAGAAAUAUCGAAAGCUAUUAGUCCUUUUUUUUUAUUAUUAUUGGUUUUACGAUAAAUAUAGACUUUUGUAUUGUUUGUAAAUAUGUAUUGGACCCGGAUGACUGACUAACGCAUGAGAAAUAGGUUUUUAUAUAAAUAUUUGUUUUAUAGAGUUUGUUUACAUAUAGAGUUUGUUUACAUCUAGGUGGCACUGAGAUACAUUGCAGAUCAGUAUGGAGUAUUUAUUACAGGUUAAAAUAAUAGCCCUGGUUGGCUUGUUAGUGCUUACUCUAUUUUUCGGCUUCAUUCCUGUCCGGAUGAAAUUUUUCCGAGCUGCGAGUGGAACAGAAAUCCACAGGAUAGUACUGAGUUUAAUCAGCUGUUUCGCUGGAGGAGUGUUCCUUGCUGCCUGUCUCUUGGACAUUAUCCCAGAUUAUCUGUCUGAUAUAAGCGAGCAACUACAAGACACAAAUAUCGACUAUCCUCUGGCUGAGUUCAUCAUGGCAUGUGGAUUCUUCAUCGUCCUCAUCCUCGAGAGGCUGGUCCUGAGCUGUAACGAAAAGGGCAAUGCAGAAACAGCUCCUCUGCUCCCAUCUGCAGGUCACAGCCACUCACACACACAUCGCUCCAUAAACGAAGUGGAGAGUAGUAGCCACCAUGUUCACAUGGAUCUGCAGGCUCAUUCCUCCUUCCGCUCGUUCAUGCUCUUCCUGUCUCUCUCACUGCACUCUGUGUUCGAGGGUUUGGCCAUCGGUUUGCAAGCGACUGACACUAAGGUUUUGGAGAUCUGCAUCGCCAUCUUGAUCCACAAGAGCAUAAUCGUAUUCAGCCUCUCGAUAAAGCUGAUCCAGAGUGGUGUCCCGACCAUGUGGCUCGUCAUCUACAUCCUGGUUUUUUCCAUUAUGUCACCAAUGGGCAUCGCUAUCGGCAUCGGGGUGAGUGAAGCUCAGCUACAGAUGGGAAUGUUAGUCCAGGCUGUGCUGGAAGGCCUGGCAGCAGGAACCUUUAUUUACAUCACAUUUUUGGAGAUUCUUCCUCAUGAGCUUAACUCUCCAGAGCGACAGCUCCUCAAAGUUCUCUUCAUCUUAUUCGGCUUCUCUCUCAUGGCCUUUCUGUGCUUCCUGGGGUAAGAGGAGAUCACAGGGAUUUAUAUGGAACAUUAAGGACUAUUAUUUUUACUGACAAUAAGUAAAAUACACACAAGAUUCAUAUUUUAUUUUUAUUUUAUUUGCAACACUCUGAUUAUUUUUAUAAUUUUUAUAAUUUUAUUUUUAUGGAUUUGAGCUGUGUAUCUUACUAUAACACAAUAAUUAAGAACCAUGCAAAUGUACAACUCACUUAUCAGUUAAAUCCAGCAUAAAAUAUGCCAUUUAAAUAUUACACAUUUCAGUGUUCUGAAGAUUUUCAUUCAGAGAACCAUUUGAUUAACCUCAUGAUUUUAUUUUAUUAUCUACUCGAAAAGGACGUCUUAUAUACCUGAAGAGAUUGUGGAUAAUUUUAAUUAUUUUCAAGUGUUAUUUAUUUUAACAGCCAAUCAAACAUUACUAAAUUGAUUAAUGGUAAUUGCAUUAUUCCUGCACAGUAUUUUUAUUGUGAAAGUGUUAAUCUAAUAUCUAUCCCUUUUUUCCAACACCUUUUGCAGUUCUGACAUAUAAUGUUUCCCAUGUGAACAGCAGCGUAAGAUUUAACUGACUUACACAGUUUCUCAUUUUGGGCAAAAAUGUUUUCUAUGAAUAAAAUAUUCAACGAUUCGGGGUGAAGUGGGCCGACGUGUAGCACCGUUACAGUUCUGAUCCCAAAGAGUUUUACAUUUUAUCAGUAACAGUUUUGUUUUAUUUGUUUUUUAACCGCAGCAAUUUGACAACGGUGACAGUUUUCUAUAUGUAUUAAAGAAUGAUAGAUCAUAUAUUUAAUGUUGUAAAACAUCUUAGUAACAAGUCAGUUUCUGUUCUUCUUUUCCCCUUUUUGUCCCCUGCUCUUUUCCCCUUUUUUCUUUUGAAAUGACUAAGACAGAAAAGCAGCUUGACAUGUUGGUGACAAAGUCCUCAAUCCUAAACACUUCCCUUUUUUGGAAAACCUAACAAUUUUAUCUCUGAACGCUCUGACGCUAAAUUCAUUCUAAAAAAGGAACUAAUAAACAUCUACUUUGAUAAAACUUCCUAAAUUUCCAUGUUAGUUGUUAUUAUAGAAAGAGCAAAAAAUAAUGAUAAAUUUUUAAAAUUAUAUUUAUAAUACAUUAAUCUAACUCAAAUCUACUCAGUACUACAAUAAUCUGUGACAAAUGAUAAUCAUAGCUGCUGUUAUAGAUUUUUAAUCAUCACAGUCUGACAAAUCAGAACUGACAUUUCAACGGAUAAUGUUGACAUGAAAUAUUGCCACUUUUCUACUACCACUGUUUGCUUGAACGUCCAACUGACAUAUUUGUCUCGGCUUGAAAAGACUGCAUCACAAGACCUUUGUUGAAGAUAGCUUGAAGAUCAGAAAAAACACAGAUGCACCUCUGUGUUGUAUUAUUUGCACUAUGCACUCAGUCACUGAGUUCAGAAUUUCACCAUGUGAGAUACACACACUGUUAUGGUGUAAAUGUUUGCUGUAAAUAUGUUGCUAUAUCAAUACAGUGCCUUUUUUUUAAAUCCAUAUAUGCCAUUCUUUGUACAAAGUAAAUGAGAUGGGAGGAGUUUUUUUUGUGCCUCACAUGAUCAAUAAAUCCACUGUGGUGAGAGA